AUUCCGUCCGACGCUGAGUUAGCAGUACUACCCAACAAUAUUAUUGAUUGUCUUUAUCAAAGAAUAACUACAACACUACAAUAUUUUUGUGCCAAACGAAGUCGCCACGGAACUGUAAAGGACGGGUGGAAUAUCUGUACUGAUGGAUGUUAUAAACCAAACAACAAAGCAGUUAUAUAUGUACUGAGCACAGUGAAUGAUUUUGUGAAUUCGCAAAGUAUAGACUUACAUUAUAAAAUUAAUGUUAUCAGACACAAACCAAGAACAAUGAAUGGAACAGAUAUAUAUGUAUAUGUAAAGAAUAAAAAUAACCUUGGAGGUCAGUCUAUUAAACUUGACGCAUGGAGUGAUGCAGUGAAACACGGAUCGAAUGUCCAGAACAUACUUAUAAUUGAUGUUGAAUCACUUACUGAAAGAAUAGUUGAUCACGUUAUAAAGAGUGGAGUACUAAAUGUAAUACAACAGUUCUCUAUUCGGAUCAGUUACGGAGACCCAGUUUCCGGAAUUAAGUAUUUAACAGCACUUCCACAGUUGAGAAAGAUUUUUGAAGCAGGUUUUAGAAUAUACUGGUCGAGACCGGAAUGGUCGUGUAUUAUUGCGAAUAACAAGGACAGAACAAGUUGUGUUUACCUAGAUAUGGUUUACCAUAACUGUAGAGAUUUAUCAAAAGAUAAUAACAAACAUCAGCACUUGAUGGACUGUGUACAGUGUAAAAUCCUGAGUCCGAAUCUUCCCUAUCAAAAUUAA